AAGCAAAUUUCAAUGGAUGCUUCGAUGGUCACAUAUUAUUGCUGCAAUUUUUAAGGCACUCUUUGGUCUUCUUGGCUUCCUAACAUUUGGUGAUUUUACUCAAAAGGAAAUUUCUAAUUCAUUACCAAAUCAAACAUUUAAGGUGAUAGUUAAUUUAGUACUGGUUAUAAAAGCACUCUUCUCAUAUCCAUUACCGUAUUUUGCUGCUGUUCAUUUACUCAAGGAUAAUUUAUUCAUGGGUACGCCAAAAACACUAUUUACAAGCUGUUAUGGUAUUGGUCAUAGUUUACGUGAAUGGGCUCUUUGUUUACGAAUUAUUUUGGUACUUAUUACCUUGAUGAUGGCAAUGUCGGUACCAUAUUUAAUUGAAUUAAUGGGACUAGUUGGUAAUAUUACUGGAACAAUGCUAAGUUUCAUUUGGCCAGCUAUGUUUCAUUUGAAAUUAAAAGGAGCA